GUCAUCACGGAAAUAUUACCUUUUUGGGGUUUUUUUUUCGUAUUUUAUUCACAUUUGUGUGAGUCUUGUCAAGCUACAACACAAACUGGAACAUAACGUUUUAAAACCCAACAGUUUCAAAAACGGACAGUCUGCCAAUGUUGUGAAACGUUUGUUGUAUCUGUCUCCAUACAACUCACACUCAGCUGAGGCAGCAGCGUCUGAAAGGCAGCAGACAGCACAGCAACGACACCCUCUACUCUUUGACGCAUUUUUUGGAAAACAGGAAGUGGAGCUACUACCAAUCAAUCCCAUCAUACAGUGCAAAGCGUACACUGUCUGAGAAAAGCCGACUGCACACGAAGAGUUGAAACUGCCGCCUCACGCAUUCAGGACAGGACUGAAGGUAAAUGUAACAGCUAGGUAACUCUUGAGUGUCUCAAUAUCAGGAUGGCUCCGCGAGUGGAUGAUGUCAUGCGUCUGUGCUGUGAAUUAUCGGCUCAUGAUCAGAUCAAGGUGGCAGUGAAAAACUCCACCAAAGGAGCGAUGGUGGCCGGAGGAACUGCCUUUGUGGGCGGGCUGCUCGGUGGACCUCCAGGAAUUGCUGUUGGUGGAGCAGUAGGCGGUUUGUUGGGCAGCUGGCUGACCAGUGGUCAGUUCAGGCCUCUGCCUCAGAUCCUCAUGGAGUUACCACCUACCCAGCAAAAGAAGCUCUGUGAUGACGUUAUGGCUAUCUUGGGCAACCUGGACUGGACAGACGUGGCCCAGCUCAUUGCCCUUGUGAUGGGCAAUGCCACACUUCAGCAGCAGGUCACUGCAGCGUUGCUUAACUAUGUCACAAAGGAACUCAGAGCAGAGGUGCAUUAUAAAGACUGAGUUAUGGUCACACAUGGACUUUCCAGGAUGUUUAAGCCUGCCAAGCCCAACCAGAGUCUUUUACGGACUAUUUUUGUACUUAAUUGGAAGAACUGUGAAUCAUGGAUACUCAUUUUGAGGACUGUGCCAAAUGGAGCACUUAGCCUUUACUAUCUUCAGAGUGUCUGUCCUUACAGCAGAGGGAGAAGGUAACUAAAUACAUUUACUCAAGGACAGAAUUUGAACUACUAUUUCAGUUUAAGCUACUUUAUCCUACUGCUCUAUGACAAUUCAAAUGUUAACAAUUGUUCACCAAAUAAACACCACUUCUAUGA